AAGGACGCGAACGGUGUACAGGACGCGAAACGGCGAGAAGAAAAAAAGUUUUGUUUAGUAAAGUGUUACGAAUUUAUCUUAGAUAAAGAUUCAAGAUGGAUCAAUUGGUAUCAAACAAGCUAGAAGAAUGGGGACUUUCUAGCUGCCUCGAAGAAACUUUUAAAAAUGCAUCGCUUGAACGUAUGGUCCUGCGAUUGCUCCAAAAAAUUGCUAUAAAAUUCUAAAAUCAAGGCGACAUUUUGGAAAAUGUUAUACAGAAUGGGUGUGAAAAAUUGCAAAUGUUCGGUACGAGACUUGUAGCAGAGGAUGACGGGACACUGGUCGCGGAUGAGGAUGAUGUAAUGUACUAUGCAAAAAUGGAUAAAGCUGCUUUACUGCUGGAAGAUGGACAGACUUGGUUUCCUGAAAAUUUACAUAGUUUGCAAAAAAAUACUGAGCCCUUGGGAAAACAAAGAUCAUCCAUCGAGAUGGAUCAGGAGACAAAUGAUGUUUUUCAAAUAGAGACCGAAAAUGCAGUUAACGAAAUUCUUACUGUCGACGCUAAUGAAGACGAUAAUGGGCCUGCGGAAGAUGAUAAUGGUACUGCGGAAGACCCGAUUGAGGAAAUGCCCCUCGAAGAUCAAGCGGUUGCUAACUAAGCAGGGUCCAUCGAAAAUCUGAUUGAAGCACAUCUGAAUGCGAAACGAGCAAAGUUUACAUCCUGGUCUGAGUACGUUAUUCCCUGGACACAGCUUGAUCCUUCUGACCUAGAAAAAUGCAGAAGAGGUGUGGCGAGCGCAGAAACACAGAGAGCUGUAGUACAUGCUGCUAUUAACGAUAUGCAUUUUUAUAAUGCACCUAUUAAAGUAGCAGAUCUGCAAAAAAUAGCCAUUCAGUUCAUAAACCUGUUUCAAGCAACUUUCUAGGAUCGCAAUCAGCGCCGGAUUAACCAUAGGGCUAGGUGGGGCUAUAGCCCCAGGCCCCUGGGCAGUCAGGGGCCCCUUUACUCCAGAAAAAA